GCGAGUUCUUUCUAUUUCUUGUGCUAGCGAACUACCAAUGCACCGAUUGCCUCCAGCAGCUGUUGCUAUUUUUUUUUACGUACAAGUAGUCCUCUGUGGCUCUCAAACUUAACCUUCUGACCACUUCCUGUGUCCGGCCCCCCAUCGUAUUUGCUUCUUUACGUAGUUUUUCAACAAAACCAAAAGAGCAAAAUGUCCUCGGCUAGCACUUCCUCUUCCACUAAGAAGGACGAGGAUUUUAUCAAAUCGACGAAAGAGCGCGCCGAUCUCAACCAGUACUGGUUUUCCCGAAACACCAUCGACGUCUUCGUCAAGAUCAUCUCCUGCCACGUGGAAAAGGUGGAGAAACCGAAAGUCGCGCUCGUCUCCUGCCCAUCUUUGUAUUUCUCCUUGGAAGUAUGCAAGAAAAACUACGAGUGACCGUAGUACACGUACUAGUUGUAAACAAUACAUCACAAAUCUUCUAUUACAGUUGUGAGCGCAAAGUAAGGUUGAUUAAUUAUGAGUGCCCGGGGAUGAAGAAGUACUCGCGUUGUUUUCGCGGUUCUGACCCUAUGCCGCUCCAGCGCCUGCGGAGGCUUGCUUUCCCAGCGAUAAUGGACAAUGGCAAUGUCGGUGCGGUUGUUUUAACAUCACAAAUCUUCAUCGCAGCAUUGAUUACAAAACGAAAUUUUGGAAACUUGGUGCGUGCGCCGGGUUGAUUUGUAAUAUUCAGUCAGGUAGAAGGAAAACAAUGUUGUCAUCCUCAUCCAGAGAAGAUGCCUAUUUGUAUUUGUUUACGUGUACGAGCUCCAUUGUUUUGCUGUGGAUACGAACCAGAAGUGAGGAAAAGCUGCAUCGUAUCCACUGCAAAUUUGUCUAUCUGGAUCUUGCGAGAAAAACGCACGCACUGUGCCUCGCAGAUGAUUGUUGCAUGCCAGAGCGUUCUGUAUCUGUUACACGGCUUUUGUAGUUGUAGAGCAUGAUGAUAUUUUUUUUUUCUAACUCACCGCUCCUGUUGUUCACUCAGCUGUCCUCCAAAUAUUUCGUUACAAUCCAGACACAGACAUUUUUGCAAUGCAUGCACUGUUUUGGACAUCGACAAACAGUGGGAGGAGGAUCCCGGGUAGGGGAUAUAUUUAUACGUAAUUUUUUUUGUGAUACUAACUAGGUUGCGUUCGCUUUGUGGAAAAAGAUUUCUCAUGCUCGAGGAUAGGUAACUUACUAAGUUCGUAAGGUAAAGGCGACCACAUUUACUUAUUUACCUCCGUAACUACAGGUUUGUCUACUACGAUUUCAACGACCGUAUGCAGUGCAAAAGUAUCAGGCCGCUUGUACAAGUAUGAACCGCAAUGGCAUGUAUUGUUUUUACAUUUUUGAUGAAUAAAAACAAGGGUGAACAUAAAGCCGCAAAUCUGUACUGGUGAUUAUGAGCACCUCGGACACAAUAAACGGGAUGUGUCGACGUGCUCGUGGUCCUGCACUUCUACUGAGCAAUCUUUAUGGUAGAAUGUGCGCGAAGAUACUUUUGCACAGAAUAAACCCGCCAGAGCAGCAACUCAGUGGC